AUGGGAGCUGGUCCUUCAAACACAUUCAGGAAUACCAAAGGACGACUUAGUGAUCUGAGUGCUUCUUCAUCUAGCUACAGUGCAUCAUCUGCAAUAUAUAACCAUUUGCAACAAAAGCUUAUGCGUGUGGAAUCCCAACUAGAAGGCACCUUAAAUGCGCUGAUGGUUUACGUGAUGUCAAAGGAAGGUUCGGUUCCCGAAGAAUUUGCGGGUCUCUUUGCUCUUCAACCACAGGGAUAUCGGAGAUUACAUGCAGACAUCGCAACUGUCGCCGGUGCGCUAGAAACCCCACACGCAGGCGACACUCAUACUAUCGCCGAUACAGGUAACGAUGCACUCGCAUCCAUCUUAAAGAAAAUGGAAGAAAUGGAAAAUGAGAACAAAGCGCUUCGUGAUCAAAUGAAGGAGCAUCAAGAAAGGGUCGAUAAAAUACCGGGCGCUCCGAAGUUGUUACCAAAACGAGAUGUUGGCCGAUUCGUCGAGCAACCAUACAGUGAAGGGGAAGCCCCCCACUCUAUCCCAAAAACCUUCAAAAUGCCACCAUACUUGAAAAUAUAUGAUGGUACUACGGACCCGAAAGAUCACAUAAUCCACUACGUCACAGCCGUAAAAGGCAACGAUCUGUCGAAAGAGCAGGUGUCAUCAGUGCUGCUGAAAAAAUUCGGCAAAACCCUGACAGGGGGAGCGCUGACGUGGUAUUCCCAACUACCGGCACGGUCAAUAUCGACGUUCGAAGAAAUAGCAGACAAAUUUGUCACCGCUCACGCGGGAGCGAUAAAGGAAGAAGCCAGGGUAAACGACAUCUUCGCCGUUAGGCAGACGACGGCCGAAGGACUCAGGGAUUUCGUAGCCAGAUUCAACAGGUAA